CUCUAUGAAGAAGGAGACAAUACUAAAUCCAAUACGAAGCUUGUUUCAUAACAAAGAUUUACAAAAAAGAUCAACUGCAGUAACAGAAGGAGGUUCUACGUUUGCCAGUCAUUCUGAACAUACACCUGUAUUUACCACAGUUCAUAUCAUUGCUGCAGCUAUUGGUAUUGUCGGAGCUAUUGCUGUAGCAGUAACCAUAUUUAUUGUCUGUAAAAAGAAGCGCUUAAAAGCACAAACAAGUGGCAGAUCAAUUGAUCUAGAGAACAAUACACAUAUGUCUCAAGUAAAUUCUAUGCAUCAACAUAGCCAUCAUUCGAAUCACACACAGGACAGUCGAUUUGGUCAAUUUGCAAGUGAUUUUGAACCACCCAAACCAGCUGUCACUCAUAUAGAAGAUGUAAGCCCAAUGAUGCAACAAUACCAAUUGCAACUUAAACUGUUACAGCAACAAUAUCAAGAAAGAAAGCAACAAACACAAGGUGUCUCUACUUCAAGCACAUCCUGUGCUUUAUUACCACCACCACCUUAUCACCCUUAGUUUCUAUACUUUUUGUAAAUACCCUUCUUAUAUAUAUAUAUAUAUCUUUUCUCUAUAAUACAAUUUAUUUACAUGACAAGAC